CAGUUGAAAAAUUUAAAAGCUGUAGCUGCGGAAGACGAGCUGCGAAAAAGCAGGAUUUUCAAAACGCAUGGGCUGUGUUUUUAAAACGCCACGGCACCAAUCGCUUAUCCUGAUAAUUUCUCCUUCUGCAUGUUAACCCCUUGCGCAUUCCGGCGGCCAACCGAAUAGCUAGCUAUACCCCCACUGCUAAAAGGGCAGAGAGGCCGGAGUAACUCCCCGGCGAUUUUCUCCGACGCUAGGGCUAUUCAUGUCGCGCAGUACGGACCGGUUCGUGAAGGCUGUGCAGCAAAAGCUGGACGUCUACUCGAAGAUCUUCGUUGCUCGCUAUGGCCAGCAGGUGAUAGGCCUCCUCGAGCUUCCUAUCAAAGUCGUGCUCUCUCCCUUCACUCUGGCCUUCGACAUCGCCGGUUCUGCUCCCCGAGGCUUCGGUAUACCCGAGCUCGCAUCCCACCUCUCCUUCACCGCUAUCUUCGCGGUUGCGACGCUUGGUACAUAUGACAUUGCGUUGGAGUUGGGAAAGAAAGUGCUGUGCCAGAGGAAUUGUCACACAUGCAAUGGCUGGCAAGCCUUACGGUGUACAAUGUGCAAGGGUACAGGAAAAGUACCCUAUCAAGUGAGGAAUUACAAGUUAAAGAGUGGAGAGAGGGCAACAGCUGAAUGUAUUGCCGAAGCUGUUGCAGAGAACCGAGCUGAGCUGUUGCAUCUUCCUUCUUCCAUUGAUUUUUCAUCACCAUUACCUACUAAGGAUUGUUCAAGCUGUUCUGGAACGGGUGUUAUGGGUUGCCCAGAUUGUAUGAAUCAUUUUCCACUCAGGAUUUCUGCAGAUGAUAUUAUGGAACCACCAUGGAAAGCUUACAAUGUCAUGAGAAAGAUGGACUAUCCCUAUGAGCAUAUUGUUCAUAGCAUGAAGGACCCAAAGAUUGCUGCUUUUUGGUUGUUUACCUUGCCUCAAGUUAUUGGUGGGUGCACCUAUGAUGAUGAAAUCAAACAAAAGAUUUGGUGGGCAUACAAGGAAUCCGUGCGGUAUGAUCAACUUCGGGAUGCAGUUGCUAAUCGGAAACCUGGUUGGGAGCAUCUGCAAAAUGCUCUCAUUUCUUUAGAUCCAGUUCGUGCAAGGGAUGAUCCAAUUAUAGUGAAAAAUAUUCCAUAUUACAAGGCAAAAAAAGCACUUGAGGCGGAGGUCUUGAAACUUGACGCCCCACCUCGACCCAGCAAUUGGGGUGAUUUGGAUCUUCCGCUAACUGAAGCUUCAUGGACGAAAGACGAACUGAAAGACCCUAAUAAACUAUUAGAGAUGGUGAGUCUGCUGACUGCACAGAGAGAAAUGGCUGAAAAAAUAUUAGAUGCACAAUGGGAAGCUCAAUGGCGACAAAAUAAGUUUCAAGAACUAUUGGAUGAAAAGCUGCAGCCAUAUGUUCAAAGCGUGAAGGGCGUUGUUCCACAGAUUAUAGCCAUGCCAGCUCCCAAUCAGGAAAACAAGAAGACAAGAAGACGGAGGUGGUGGUUUUUCUAAUAGAUGAGAGCGGCGACUUCCACAGAUGCAGAUUUUAUACAAGUUUGAUAUUCUAUUAUUUUGCAUCUCUAAAGAAUUCAUCCGAUGUUUUUAAUGCAUAGCCUUAAGCUCAAAGCACUGUUUUUUUAAUCUUUAUUUAGCUAUAUAUUGUUAUGAUUUUGAAGUUUUAUAAUAUAUUGAGCUCAAAGGAAAAGUUCUAGGGAUAAUUAAAUACAUAUCACCAGAAACAUUGCCUAGAACCUAUCGUUCCGUUAAUGUUUUUGAACAAGCUAACCGAUGUAUUUGUGCGUGCCGCUAUCAAACCUUGAGAAUUUGUAUAAAAA